UUCACCUGCCGGUUUGAGGACUGCGGCAAGAUCUUCAAGCGUUCGGAGCAUUUGAAGCGCCAUAUCCGGUCCAUCCAUACUCUCGAAAAACCGUUCCCUUGUCCAAUCCACAACUGUUCUAAGCGGUUCUCCAGAUCAGACAACUUGAACCAGCAUAUCCGUAUUCAU